AUGAAUGCUUACUCUUAGCUACACAUUAAUUAUUUUCGAUGGUACAAUGUGUUGGGCAAAACAAAACAGUGAGCCAAAUUUUAAUGCACCACUGCUAAAUGAAAGAUGACUCGAAAUUCAAUAACGCGGAGAUCUGUUCCCAUUAGCACUAUCAUGAACGUCAUCAGAUCCACAUUAUGGUAGGCGUCAUUUCGAGGUUGUUUAUCAUGUCCAGCGGUUGAAGGGGCUUGUGAAUAUCUCCGAUCAUUUUUGAAACUCGGCCUGUUUUGUUUUUUUAUCAAAAACUUCAGGACGUUGUACCAACUUGGUUCAACUCGGAGCAAGUUUCUUCUCCAACAUGAGGACCCACUUACCAUUAUCGGCGCUGGUCUUCAUUGCCCAGGGCAUACUAGUCCAUCCAGAGGUUGCUCAAGAAUGUCCAUAUCAGUCCCACCGAGAGGGGCCGAAUCUUCAAAUUCGACGCAUAAAACCCACCUUCAAUGCGGAGGCGCAGAGAGUAGACGUUUCCGGGAAGCACGCUUUCAAGCCUCCCGGGCCCAAAGACCAGCGAGGUCCCUGUCCAGGGCUCAACGCAAUGGCAAACCACAACUACAUUCCACACAACGGUAUUACAACGCUCCCGGAUAUGAUAGAGGGAGCUUACAAGGUCUUCGGAUUGGCGCCAGAUCUUGGAUUGAUCCUUGGUAUGGCUGGCACUGGUUAUGCUGGAAACUUGAGAUCGGUAAGUAUCGGAGGUCCUAGUGAUGAAGUUUCCGCUGGCCCUUUCCCAACACCUCGAGGCCUCUCUUGCAGUCAUAACAAGUUCGAGUUAGAUUCCUCCCCGACUCGUGGCGACCUCUACAUGUACGGCGAUGCCGCGAAGCUUCAACUUUCCCAGUUCAAAGACCUUUUAGAUAUGGGGAAAGGGCCCAACCCUAAUUACGACUUUGAUACUGCUGACGCUUUCUACGAGAAACGUUUGAAACAAUGCAAGAGCAGUAACCCAUACUUUUUUCAUCCGCCAGUCCCGGCAAUUGUACUUUUUGGCGCUUACGAAUUCAUCCCCUCGUUGAUGUCCAAUAAAUCCGCAGAAUAUCCCGAGGGUUUCCUCGACCGGGAAACACUCAAGUCUUUCUACGCAGUUUCCGGAGAUGACGACAAUCUGAUCUACACGCCGGGACAUGAGCGUAUCCCAUUCAACUGGUACAAACGUGCCAUCGGCGAUGAGGUCAAUGCAGGAACUCUUGUCGAACGCAUCCUUACGGUUCUCCCCAAGUACCCGCAAUUUUUUCAAAUCGGGGGUAACACUGGCAAAGUCGACUCGUUUGUUGGACUUGACCUCGCAAAUCUUACGGGCAAUGUCUACUCGUUACCCACUCUUCUACAAGGGAAUAAUUUGGUUUGUUUCCUUUAUCAAGCUAUGCGCAGCACGUAUCCAGAUAUGUUGAAUGGUGUGGUGGAAGUAAUUGAUUCUAUUGUUUUCACGGCGCUUAGCUCGGUUUUCAACGCUCAAACCUUGCUUAGCUGCCCGCGGUUGACGCAGUUGAAUACAACUUUAUACUCGAUGUACCCAGGCUACACGGAACUUCUUCAAGACGGAACGUACAACAGCACCCAAUACCUUAACCGCGAACUACGGCCGGAUCUACCGAAAUAUUGAAGGAUAAUUAAUCCUCACAUUUUUAUUUACUUCCAUCGUUGAAGUGUGGAGCUUUUUUAAAAGCGACGGGGAGAUAUCCAAACCACGUAUCUUUGCCUGAUGUGUUGCAGAUAUCGUUUAAAUUCUAUUACUUUAUUCACUAUAGUUUAAGGGGCCGUCCACAUAUUACGUGAGGCACUUUUUCCGGUUUUAAAAUUUUCUGAAUUUUUCGAUAUGCUUUGAAAUAAUUUUUGAAAUAAAUUCAGACCCUGUUCAAAUUGCUUGAGUACUGUUAUGUAAUUAUUAAAAUUAUUUUAUAUCCAAGGUGGAGUUGCUUGUUUCAUAUUUCCUUCAUUAAAAAUUUUCAAACUUCAA